AUGGAAGCUCUUUCGAGUUCGGCUCUGCAAACACAAAGAUUCAAAGAUAAUUCAUUGCUAAUCCGCACUCCCAAAACUAGCAGCAAGCAUUGUGCUUUACUGAGAGUCGGCCCGAGUCUGUACAAUACGCCGUCGUUGCGCGUAUCGCGGGUUUCAGCCCUCGCGCAUGAGGUAUCAGAUGAGGACAGCGGCAAAGAGGGCUCUCGAUCGAACAACGAUAAUGGGGUUCUGGGUUUGGUUUCUGAAGAAACUCCAUUGUUGUCUGAGGGUGAUACAGACGUAACAAACCUCAAGCAGAGUAGUGAAAAGGAUGUAAAAUUCACUUCACCGCAAUUUAUGGUCUCAUAUGGAAACAUAAGUGGAGGAGGAACAAGAGCUGGGCUUUUCAGGACACCCAUAUCUGGUGGAGUGCAGAGUGCAACAUCUGCUCAUGGCUUGCCUAGACCAGCCUUAGCUGUUAGGAAUCUUAUGGAACAGGCUAGAUUUGCUCACCUGUGUACUGUGAUGUCACGUAUGCACCACCGUCGAGAAGGUUAUCCGUUUGGUUCGCUUGUAGAUUUUGCACCGGAUCCUCUCGGACAUCCAAUUUUUUCAUUCUCGCCAUUGGCUAUACACACUAGGAACUUGUUAGCGGAUCCAAGAUGCACCUUGGUUGUACAGAUUCCUGGAUGGAGUGGCUUGUCAAAUGCACGAGUGACAAUCUUUGGCGAUGUAUAUCCCCUCCCUGAGGACAAGCAGGAGUGGGCUCAUAAACAAUACAUAGCAAAACACCACCAAGGACCUUCUCAACAGUGGGGAAAUUUCUACUACUUCCGCAUGCAGAACAUAAGUGAUAUAUAUUUUAUUGGAGGCUUUGGGACUGUUGCUUGGGUUGAUGUUAAUGAAUAUGAAACCAUUCAACCCGAUAAGAUUGCCGUUGAUGGGGGUGAACAAAAUUUAAAGGAACUAAAUGCACUAUUUUCAAAGCCUCUGAGAGAGCUUUUGUCCAAGGAAGCUGAGGUAGAUGAUGCUGCUCUAAUAUCCAUAGACAGUAAAGGAGUUGAUGUUCGGGCCCGCCAAGGCGUCCAGUUUAAUGUUCAGAGGAUUUCAUUUGAAGAAUCGCAGGGUGUUGAAACAUUAGACGAGGCAAAGAAAGCGCUUUGGAAUAUAAUCAAUAGAGGCUCAAUACCGAAUUUGCAAGAAUGA